UGCGGGUUGUGAAGGGCCGGGGUGGGGCUGGCGGCAGAGCGCUGCGGGGCCGGCGGGAUGGAGGGUGUGGGGUUUGCUCUCCGUCCUGUGGCUCUGCUCUGUGCUUGGCUCCUGUUCGGCGCCACAUGGGGCUUGGGGCUCCCGAGCGCUGUCUACGUGCUGGAUGAUGCCGCAGGGCUGGGCAGGGAGUUCGACGGGAUCGGGGCGAUCAGCGGCGGCGGGGCCACUUCUAGACUCCUUGUGAACUACCAAGAACCGUAUCGCUCCCAGAUCUUAGAUUAUCUAUUCAAGCCAAAUUUUGGUGCUUCAUUACACAUUCUCAAAGUAGAGAUUGGAGGUGAUGGACAAUCAACAGAUGGCACUGAGCCAUCCCAUAUGCACUAUGAAAAUGAUGAGAACUACUUCCGAGGUUAUGAAUGGUGGCUGAUGAAAGAAGCUAAAAAGAGGAACCCCCAAAUUAAACUGAUUGGAUUACCGUGGACAUUUCCAUCAUGGAUAGGGAAGGGUGAAAACUGGCCCUAUGAUUAUCCACAUGUCACUGUUUACUAUAUUAUUUCUUGGAUAUUAGGAGCUAAACAGUAUCAUGAUCUGGAUAUUGAUUAUAUUGGGAUAUGGAAUGAAAGGGCAUUUAACAGCAAAUAUAUCAAGCUUUUGAGGUACACACUGGAUAAGAAUGGUCUGCAGCAGGUGAGGAUCAUAGCCAGCGAUAGACUGUGGGAGCCCAUUUCCUUUGUCUUGCUGAUUGACUCUGAGCUCCACGAAGUGGUCGAUGUCAUUGGGGCUCACUAUCCUGGGACAAAAACAGUGCCAAAUGCCCUACGAACUCAGAAGAAACUGUGGGCUUCAGAAGAUUAUAGUACUUUCAACGAUGAAGUAGGUGCAGGCUGCUGGGCCCGGAUCCUAAACCAAAACUAUGUAAAUGGAAACAUGACCUCAACUAUUGCAUGGAAUUUAGUGGCAAGUUAUUAUGAAGAACUGCCCUUUGGUCGAUGUGGUUUGAUGACAGCACAAGAACCAUGGAGUGGCCACUACAAAGUAGAAGCACCUAUCUGGAUUACAGCACACACAACACAAUUUACUCAGCCAGGCUGGUCAUACUUGCAAGUGGACGGACACUUAGAAGGAGGUGGAAGCUUUGUCGCUCUGACAGAUGGCCUAGGAAACCUUACCAUUAUAAUUGAAACAAUGACGCAUGAUCACUCUAAAUGUAUCAGGCCUCCACUACCUCACUUCCGAGUUUCACCUCAGCGAGCAACUUUCCACCUCAGAGGGUCGUUUUAUCCCCUGAGAACUCUUCAGGUGUGGCAUUCUAAGCUUGGCUUUGAAUCUGCCAACACUAGUCUCUUUGAGCAACUUGAUCCUGUAAAGGUCUGGAGGGGAAGUUUUUCCUUAGAUCUGGAUGUGGAUGAAGUCUAUACUUUAACUACACUUAAGACAGGACGGAAGUGUAGCUGCCCAGAGCCUCCACCACCUCAACCCUUUCCUUCAAAUUACAAAGAUGAUUUUAAUAUUCGUAAUCCGCCUUUCAGUGAAGCUCCAAAUUUUGCAGAUCAAACAGGUGUAUUUGAGUACUUCGUAAAUGGCUCUGACCCAGGAGAUCAUGUUUUCACACUCCGCCAGGUGGUGAUUCAGCGACCCAUCACUUGGGUUUCUGAUGCAGAUCAGACAAUCAGCAUCAUAGGAAACUUUAAGUGGGUAAAUCUGACAGUCACUUGUGACAUCUACAUAGAGAAGCCACGUGAUGGGGGUGUGUUCAUUGCUGGAAGAGUUGACAAUGGUGGGAUAUAUGUUCGUCGUACCAAGGGAGUUUUCUUCUGGGUUUAUGCAGAUGGUACCUACAGAGUCACUAGUGACCUGGCUGGAGAAGAAGUACUAAUGAAAGGGCUUUCUGGUGUCCGACAUAAUGCUUGGCACACGCUUACUCUCAACAUUCAGGGCACUUCUGCCUCCGGACUGUUAAACGGUUAUCCACUCUGGGAGAACGUCACUGUUUCUAAACCAAGUAAUGGCUGGGCUGCUAUUGGAACUCGUUCAUUUGAGUUUGCUCAGUUUGACAACUUCCAUGUUGAAGCUAGAUGAUGGAGCUUUUGCACUUGCAGAAUGUCAUCAUACUUUGAAGAAGAGCCAGCUCAUACCCUGCGGACAGCUUAACACUGACACGGAUCUGUUGGCAAAGAAUCUGAAUUCUCACCCUAUUAUUUUUUCAAUGGUUUACAUUACUAGUUACCAACAUGACUAAAUUUCAUUCCCUGGUCACUAUGGGGUUUUUACUCUAUUCUGGGAGUAAGUUUUACUUCAAGGUAAUAAUGGAAACAAAGUCAUAGGUCUGAAUCUUUUUGAAUGCAAGGAUCAUAAAUUCCCAUCUCAUUUUUAAGCUGAUUUUUCAAGCUAGCAGAAGGUAAAGGCCUUUCAAGCUGCGUUUUUAACACUAACAUGACUGUGUCCAUUCCUUUCACUGUAAGAAUUAAAUACCAGUAAGUCUAACAAACUAGUGGCUCCACACAGCUGUACUUUGAUCACUUUCAGAUCUCACUUGAAUGAAGAACCUUUUUUUUUUUUUCCUGUAUUAAGAAAAAAAAUGUUUUGUCUAUUUCUGCUAUAGUCUGAGGCGAGACAUUACAGUACUAAAGAUGUGUUUGAAUACUACUUCUGACUUUCAUUGCUAGCCUUAAAAAUAUUUUUAUUGAGCAGAAGGGAAAUCUCUUAUGGGUGAUCAGGCAGUGCAGGAUGUGCCUUAAGCCUCAACUACCUCCUUUUUCAAAUGAAAGGGUUGAAAUAGAUUAAAAGGUACUGUAAAUUGCAGUUAAUUAUCGAUAGCCUUCAUGGAAUGGUGGGUUUGGGUUUUUUUGCAUGGUACAAGAAUGAAAACUUAGUCCCAGGUCCUUAAUUUAUGCUGGGUUGUAUGUGGAAAAACUGGCUUUUUCUUCCUAGAAGCUUGAGUAUCCAUCUCUCAUUUGUGAUGCAUCUAAAACUUAGAGCAGAAAUAUAUCAAAAGAUAUAAAAAUAUGUUACUCAGCUGAUUAUGUUACUGUAGCACAGAGAAGGUAUGGAUACUAUCAUGUCCUUGCAUAAAAGGAAAUUAAAAAUAUGUGUAUCUUAAGACCUUGCAGUCAGUCAUAAGGUGGCAGAAGAUGGAUGCGGAUGGAAUUCCUUAGUGCAUCAGGCUGCAUUACUGAAACAACAUCCUGUCCAACAAGUGAGGUAGCAAAUGGUAUCUUCAUUAAUUGGCUUCUGAUGUUUUUCUCUUGGUCAUUUUGAAUGAAAAUGCUGUUUGUUCCUCAACAAAACAUAUCCCAUGUCUGUAUCCUGUUUAGAAGGCAGGCAAGUAGUUUCAGAGAUGACAGGGCACUGAUAUUUGUAUGACACUCUCUGUAGCAUGCAGUAUCUGUUAUUUGAGGAAGAUUUGCAGCAUACUUCAACUUAAUACUGAAUGUUAUUCUGAUCCACUUUAUUUUGAAAGCUAAUUUCAGUAAGCAUUGACUUCAAUCUUCGAUGUUUUCAGCUAAGGUAGAGUUAAAGCAAUACAAAAUAUUACCAGACCUUUUUUAUAAAGGUUAUUUUCCAAAUCAGGUUUUGGAGAGAUCUCUAUUUCCUGAGUAGAGAUGAGUGUUUUAUUUCAACAAUUAUACUGAUACUGCUGUUAAUUGGUUCUGAAUCAUUUGUAAGUGUGGAUUUCACACAUGCAAUAACCUUGAAGAAUGGUCUAAAUGUCUAACCUUUAAAACUCUUGUAGAGGACUUUCAAAUAUUAACUGUUUAUUUAACUGGGUAAGAAAUGAAAGCCAAUUUUCCACUUGAGUUUCAUUUUGAUAGUCCAAGCAUGGGUGCAAAUCUGUUCGUUAUUUGCUUGAUUUCAGAAAGGAUGUCACUGGGAUCCAGAUGUGAAGGAAUUUAACUUAAGGUCCUUAUAUUCAAGUAAUAUGGAUACAGGAGAAUAUGUUCUCAGAAUAAACUUGUUUCAGCUGUGAUGGCUUUUCCUUGUAGCACGUAUCUUGAAGGGCUAUUGGUAGCUUGUGUGAGCUGCAAGUGCUGUUUGUGUAAGAGAGAUUAGCAAAGGUGCAAUUUAUCCAAAGGAGUUGUCCAAUUGGUGUUUUUUUUUUACUGCCCUUUAAUGCACUAGUGUAAUAAACUACUGUCAUACCGUGUACUAAGCACAAUGUAUUUUGUCACUGGAAAUAUUAUUUUUUCUAAUCUUAACUUAUUAAUGUUAGAGGAUUAAACUGUUUUAUGAAGAGAAUAAGCGAUGUAAUAGUGAUAUAAUGUUGUUCUUUCUCAUGUCUGUAAUUCUUCACCCUUCAGCAGGCUGUAAUAUGCUUGCCAGUAACAAGCUGUCAGGUCUUUCACUGGGGGGCGGAUUUAUGUUGUUGAUUAUAAAUACUAAUCAUUCCAAAUGGACAAAUAAAGCAUUUUAAACCCCUUUA